CGGUCGCGGGGCGCGCAGGCAGGCUGGCUGGCUGGCCGGAGGAGCGCUGCGCGUCGCAGUCCGCGUGGGCACCUGCCGUCCCCAGGAGGGGACUCCUGCUCGAAGACCUCCUUUGCCUCAGAAUGGGAUCCUGGCUUCUCUCCCACUUCCGGUGAUCCAGCUAGUAAUUGAAAUUUCUGUGGGGAUGCCUGUAAACCACCAGAAAUCAGACUCUUUGGAGAUGGACUCUGACAUGUCACCCAGCUGCAAGCUCAAUGACUUGAGCAGAGGUGGCAGUCUGGAGAGUCGAAGCAGCAGCUCUCGCUCCAGAAGUUUCACUUUGGACGAUGAGAGCCUGAAGCACCUCACACAUGAGGAAAAGGAUGUCAUCCUCUUCUUUGAAGAGACUCUUGAUUCCCUGGAAGAUGAUUUCGAUGAGCCAGCCCUGUGUGAUAGUGGCAUUCAUUGCCACUCUCCACAGUCUCUGGAAGAGAGCCCUUCCAGUCACUCUGAGCCUGAAGAUGUCAUCGAUUUAGUACAGCCAGGACCAACAGCCGGGGAAGCUGAGGGCCUUUCAGAUGUGCCUCAGGUAGAAGGUGAGCAGUAACACACAGGGACUGGACCUGUCCUCGAAGGCGGGAAACAAGCCACCUUGACUCCACCGCGACCAGACUCCAGGGUCCCCGAGGCGCUCACCCCGCCGCCCUCCGUGCCCAGCACCCCCAGGAAGGAGCUGCCACCGCCCGCUCUUCCAGCAGAGCACCCCAAGCUGCCCCGCUCCGUGCCCACGCCUCUCGUGAUUGCUCAGAAGAUAUCCGAGAAGUUGGCAGGCAGCGAAGCCCUCUCCCCCACCUCCCCGUCCAGGGAGGGCAGGCCCGGGGAAUGGAGGACGCCGGCUGCCUUGGCCUCUCGAACCGGGGACCACGUCCCGUGGCACCGACCCGCGCCCAAGGUGCACCGCUUCCCCAGCAACAUCAGCGUGACCAACAGCGCGGGCAAGGACUUCAACAAGACCAUCUCCAGGGCGGCCGUCAACGUGCAGGAGCGCAAGGCGCAGGUCCUGGCCAACAUCAACGGCGCGUCCUUCCUGGCGCCCGAGCCCGAGCCCCGGGCCGGCGCCCCCGAGCCCCCCCGCCGCCGCCGCCGCCGCGCGCGCCCCGAGCCGGCCGGGUCCCCGGCGGGAGCGCUGGCCCCGGCGUCGCAGUGCCGGGCCGUGCAGACCGAGCAGCCGCCGGCCAACGGCUUCGCGAGCGCGCACGAGGCCCUGCGGAGCGAGGCCAGCCCCUUCGCGCCCACCGGCAAGACCCUGACGUUCCGGCCCGAGCCCGGCAAGCUGGCGCGCCAGAACGCCAGCCGCAGCCUGUACGAGCCGCGGCCCGACGGCGCCCGCGACGCCCGCCCGCGCGCCGGCUCGCUGCCCCGGGCGGCGGGCUUCCGCGCGCAGGGCGUCACCGUGCAGUUCUCGGGCCGGGGCUCGUCGGAGGCGGCGCGGCGCGAGGCCCUGCGCAAGCUCGGGCUGCUCAAGGAGCCGCUGUGA